CAUUCCUAACACAUAUCUUCAAAAUCCCAAGCAAAGAAAAGAAUCAUUCCUCAGCCAUCACAUUUUUGGUACAUUUUCUCUUCCAAAUCUCUGAUUUUCAUCCAUGGAUUGCUUCCUCCUGACCUUAUUGUUUAUCGUACUUCAAACAUUAGUCUCGGUAGGUUAUGGAUCUAGCCACAUUAAUGCGUGCAGAUCAUUCUGUGGUAACCUUACAAUUGAUUACCCUUUUACUCUUCAAACUGGAUGUGGGCAUCCAGGCUUCCGAGAACUCUUAUUUUGCAUCAACGACGUCCUCAUGUUCCACAUUAGUUCUGGAUCGUAUCGUGUUCUAGACAUAGACUAUACCUAUCAGUUCCUCGUAUUAGACGACCCUCACAUGUCGACCUGUGACGCCAUGGCGCUACAAGGCCGGGGCAAUGGAUUCGUGGUCGAGGAAUGGCGUGCGCCAUAUUUGAAUCCAACACCUGAAAACAUGUUCAUGCUACUCAAGUGCUCGCCUGAAUCCCCAUUGUUCCAAGGUUUCCCCGGGAAACACUUGCCCUGUCAAAAUGUAUCGGGGAUGAGCUGCCAAGAGUACUUUGGCUGCCCGGCUUGGGGCAUGUUCGGACCUAAACAUGUCGGGUUGAGGCCAAGGUUGGGCCCGCUCGAGUGCUGUGCACUGCCAUUUGAAGCCAUUAAGGCUGUGAAUCUUUCGAAACUAGAUUGCCAGGGUUAUAGUAGUGCAUACAGUCUUGCUCCCCUGAGAGUGGCAGGGCCUGGUGAAUGGUCUUAUGGGAUACAGGUUAAGUACUCUGUACAAGGCAAAGAGACAUUUUGUCAAACAUGUGGUGCCACUGGCGGAUCUUGUGGUUAUGAUAUUGAACAGAACAGUGAUUUGUGCAUGUGUGGGAGCUGGAAUUCUACAUCUAAUUGUGACACAGUCCACUCAUCAUCGGGCAGAAGAAAAUGGUCUUUAAUGGUUGCAAUCGCAGGGUUCAUGAUAUGUAAAGCUAUUUCGAGAUAUCCCACGAAGAAUUAGAAUUUUAAACGUAUAGGGCUUGAAGGGUGUGCUAGCCCGUGCCUAAACAUGGAGUAGACAAAUGGUCUCGGGGCUCAACUUAAGGUUGUUACAAUAUUCAUGUAUGUCACUAAUCAUACUCGAGAGGAAUGAGAUUGAAGAAUGAAUUUUUCACUUGUUUUCAUCUUUGAAAUUGAUCCUAUUACGGAAUGUGAAAAUAUUAGAUUAGAUUAAUUUAAUACAAUGAAGUGUUUGUUGUGAACUUUUUUAAAUAAUUUGAAAUGUUAUUUAUUUCGUGAGUA